AUGAUCACCGGUUUCCCACGGGCACUUUGCAACGUUCUCUUGCUGGCCAGUCAGCUUCCAACCAGCUUGAUUCGGCUUGAGGUGGUUGCGCCACUUCCACCAAGUGACAUCGAACGCACAUUGUCAGGCGGGUUAAGCACAGCACCAAGCUUAGAUUCCACCCACGUUGAUGUUCCAAAGACUGUUCACGAGGUCGUCAAUCACGAGCAAAAACUCAAGAGGGAAAGUCGCGAAGAGUUGCAGCCUGCUGAUGGCCUGGCUAUGGAUUACGGAAAGCUCGUAAAAGAGCCCCACCAAAUGAAAGAUAACUUUUCUCGUUCAUCGAGCGCGCAUUCUUCAAAGCUCACAGAAGGUCAACCCGAGAGUGACGUGAGGAGAGCCAUCGGUAUGCUGAAGUCAGCUGAGACGAACGAAGAGGAAGCAGCUCCGAUGAGUAUCACAUCCGUUGUCCCUGAUUCCAACAGCGAAGAGGGAUCGCCGAGCAUUAAACAGAGCGCCAACCCGGUCGCUUUAAACCCCAAAUCCGACAUGUGUUCAGACCCAGGACCUUUGUGUGGCAAGAAUGGCAUGCAAAAUACUGAGAAUGGAGAGGUUCAGCAUGGCAAACAGCCUCAACAUCAUCCCGUAUCAAAUGGAUUUAUGGAAAUUGAGAACGUUGGCCCACGCUCCCCCAUCCUCGGUCACCCUCUGCCUAGCUCGCAUGACCAAUUGAUCACAGAUUCUCAACAAUAUCCUCAUGUUGAUCGUAAUCUUCAACAUUAUCCCUCAAGCUACCAGCCUCUAGUUCCAAAUCAAUCAUCUGUACCAUUGCAAUUGCAUUACAUUGAUUACUUGGUUCCUAUAAUAGCUUAUCAAGUGCAACGGAGGAUAGGCUAUCUUCCUAUGGCGCAAAAUGCAAAUCCUUCAGGCAUCCCAUCUAUCCACGAUGAAGCCUAUGCUCAGAGUCAAACUCAAGCAUCGCACUCGGCAUACCCUAGCCACUUUGGGCAGAGAUCUGUGGACAAUCUGUCAGGCAGUAGUCAAGAUAGUACAAGGACGUAUGGUUCAGGGCGUUUCAGAGGUACCAAACCGCCAACGCGUCUUAUACCACCCAGAUUGAGACGGCUAAAUAAAGAUGUGGGACAACAGAGCACAGCACCAUACCAGUGGGUAGCUAAAAAUCAAGCUGGAUCAGCCACUAGCAACAAUUUCAACAUGAAAGAAAAACACGAUGAGCGCACAUCAGAGGAUUUGCAUUCUGAAAGUGACUCCACGUCUAAUGAGGCUAACCCAACGCCCAACCUUCCUAAGGUUUCAAAUAAUUCUCUGGAUGGUUUAGUUAGUAUGCCAAAACAUGAUCCAAUGACCAGCAAGCCGUCUCUUAAGAUGAUUGAUGAAAUUUUGCCGGGAGACCGGCAGGCUGAAAAUGUGCAAACACGUUCUUUUUUUAAUAAGCUUGAUACCAUUUCCCAGGUUACAUCUCCCCGACCAAAAUUUGUUUCCAAGAAAUACGCAGAAACUCUUGAGGUUACAAGGAAAGGGCAGCCGACAGGGCUACAGUCUGCUGACUCCACGUGUGAAGCCCGAGCGCAUGGGACUCUGAGCAUUGGAAGGACAAACAAAGCUUUGAAUAAGCAGCUUCCUACUCCAAAAGGACGAAGUCGAGUAAUCCAUGAGCCAGAAAAAGCAAGUAACGAACCUGCUCAAGUUCACAAAGUCACUCCAUCCCGGCUUGAAAAAAUUGUAGCCGAUUCAAAAGAAGUGAAAGAGCCUUCGGGAUUCAGAAAAUCUCAGGAACCAGCUGUAUAUCUAGGCAAUUCCAACGUAAUUGGAUUAGCACCUCCAACACAUAUUCCUGCAGGUUCAGUGCUAGCCGAUGAAGGCUCUACCAAUGAUCCCAUCAGCUUGACGAAAGAUAAGGCUCAAGAACCAAGAACAAGUGUCCAGCAGUCACCUAGGGAAGAAAAACCACAUCCCGAUCUUGAGUCGCUAGCUCAGACCAAAAUCGCCGAUGGGAAAACCCCGGAAGGUGAGGUUGUACAUCCAAACAAAGAUGUGUCGAUUACUCAAGAAGUUGGGGGUAGAGAGACACUGCCAGACCUGAGGAAUCGGGAUGGUACUCCAGUUCCGCGGGAUAAUAAGUUUGCAAUUCUCGAUGAGAUAGUCCAUGAAGCUAGUCAUGUGGCGGAGCCUAAGGCGGCUGAGAAACGUGUGAAAAAGAGGAAACCUCACAAGGGAAGCACAACUUCAUCCCAUGAAAUGAGCGGCUCGGAUCAAGUUGCUACUGCUUCAAAAAAACCUUUGGAUCCCCAAGUCGUCGUAGCUUCCACUGAAACCUCCCUCGGAUCGAAAAAGAAUCAACCAUUGAAUCCAAGCCGACUUAUGUCAAGGAUUACUGUCAGAAAUAUCGGGGCAAACACGAUGAAGGUGAAAUCGAGUUGCUAG